GUUGUCAUGGCCGCUGCCUGAGCAGAUUAGCCUCUUUAGUGAGUUGAAGUCUAAUUAAGAUUAACAAAAAAGUCAACAUGAUGGAUAGUACGGAAGAAACGGCCAAAAACGGUCAGAAAUCCGAUGACAGUGACAACAUGACAACGACUGAAUACUGCUCGCGGCUGCAGCAGUGGAUGUGGCGCUAUUACUGUGGCUAUGCGAGCUGGCAGAGCUGGGUGUUGAUGUCCGCGCCGCUGUUUCCUCCGCCUCAGUUCGGUUGCCAGGCACCCGGCAGCACAUCAUCUGCAUAUGCCGCGACGCCCGCUGACAUUGCCGCCUGGUAUAACCAGACGAGCCCACCGUCCAGUCGUCCAGCAGCCACUGCCACAUCCAGCACUGCUGAGAGAAGACCAGCACAGCCCGCAGGUAGAGAGUACACCAUCCCCUCCCCUCUACGUAGAUUUCUGGCUGAAACUGUGGAUUUCUUCCUUCUCUUCUGUGUAAAGGCAACCAUAGUGUUGUGGAUCAUGCAUCUCAGUGGAAUGAAAGAUAUUUCCAAAUUCAUGAUGCAGUUCAUUGUGGAAGAGAUUGAUGAGACCACAUCAUUGGAGGAUCUGCAGAAGAUGAUGAUUGUGGCUUUAGCAUACAGAGUCCUAGUGUGCGUCUAUGAAAUCAUCUGUAUUUGGGGAGCUGGAGGAGCCACUCCGGGAAAAUUCUUGCUGGGUCUUCGAGUCGUCACAUGUGACACGACAGUCCUAGUGCAGCCUAAUCGGGUUUUGGUAGCACCGGCAACCAAUGUCAGCUUAUCUGCGUCCACAGUACGGGCCUUAAACAAAAACUUCUCCAUCGCCUUCCUUUUCCCUAUCUUUAUCACGCUGCUAUUUUUUCAACACAACAGAACUGUUUAUGACGUCGUGGCUGGAACCAUCGUGGUUCGGAGGAGAAGAGCCAGAUGACAGGUCUGUUUGUAUCAAAGUCAUGUGAAAACGGCCCCUGUCGAACAUCAAAUGCUUACAGAUGUUCUCAGUAUUAUAUUUUAAUAUAUCCCAAUACUCUGUACUGCAGAUUUGCACUAAUGAUCCCUGUAUCAAAGUCUAAUCACAUAGCUAUUGUUUACAACACUGAGAAAUAUCUGCUUUCUUAGAGAAGUUACUGGUCUUGCAACAAACUGUUUUUUAUGUUGAAGAAUGAUGAGUGAAAUUAAGCUCAAGACACAUGUUUUAUGUAGACAUGCUUGGGAAUUUGAUCCAAGUGGAAUGUUUUACUCUAAACACCAGCUUAAUCCACAAGGUUUUCAUAACUUCUCCCCAGAUUCGAGCUUUAUGGCCCAGGCGAGUCUGUUAUUAAUCUUACCAAAGGCAAAGAAUUGAGCUUGUGUCCUUCCACGUAUGCAUGCAGCUGUCCGGAAUGUUCCAUUCCUGUUGUAAAUUCAGUCGGUGGCUGAUAUGCCUCACAACAUUUCUCAGGGUUUCUUAAAAACCUGUUUUAUUUGUCAUGUGUUUCAGUUACGAUCUUUUAUUUGUAAAGAAUUAAGUAUUACAGUUUGAAAUUCACGUUAUCUGCCCUACAGGCAUGCCAAACACAUCGGCUGUUUUGAUUUAUCAUGCAUGGUUCAUAAAUAAAAAAUUAUUAAAAUCC